AAAUGUUUUGUUCGAACAAGUUUUGACGCAGUUGCAAGAAGCUAUUGUUUGAGUGAUUUGCCUUCAAUUGCGCACAGAACAAAGAGUACUAACUUCGUUAUUCUGGAUCAAAAUUUCUUCGAAAAAUUUUCAAGAUUUAAAUUAUAAGUUAGAGUUAUUAGAAUGAGGAAGAAAACCGACUUUGAAUCCUUCAUAAUCGAUUACAUUGCGGACCAAAAUCGUAUCAUUGAAAAGUUUGAAGAGCUGAAAAAAACAAUUAGCAAUCAUCACCACAAGUGUAACAUAGUUAAGACUGCUGGAACGGCAGUGAGUGGCACUGGAGUCGCUUGUGUUCUGGGCUCUGUUCUAUUGGCCCCAAUGACAAGUGGUUCAUCAUUAAUUUUGGGUACUGGCGGAGCUAUAAUGUCUGUAACAGGAGGAUUGUCCAAUGUGAUUACAGACUAUGUGGAGUAUAAAACUUCCAAUAUGGUUAUGGAAGAUAUUCAAAACAUAAUAAAAUCUAAGGGAGAGUUUGAUAAGAACUUGCAGAAGCAGUUGGACAAUUUAGAGAAAAUUGUUAAUAUGCUUGUGGAAGAUGGUAUUGAUAGAGAUACCGCUAUAGUGAGUACAAUAAAAGGUAUUGCUUUGGGUUGCAUCGAUUUAACUGAAGAACCAACCAUGAAUUUAAGUAAAACCCUAAGUACUGUAAUUAAAUUACAUCAUAUUGAAAGUGCUGCCCAUAAAACUCUGCCAAUCAUUGAAAAAGCCAUGCACGUAUCAGAAAAAAGCUUUCAGUUUAUAUAUAAUGUCUUAGGGUUAACUGGAAAAUCUGCUCCACACCUGCUCCAAGUUAUUGGAAGGAUCUCUAGUAUGGUUUCAGUAGCUUUCACUGUAAUCGAUGUUGGACUCUUAAUAAGAGAUUGGACUAGUGAGCAUCCAUCAGUAGAGGUAAUUGAUGAAGUCCAGAAAAAACUAGAAGUUGAAAAAAAUAUUUUAAAAGAUUUACUAGAGGUUAUUAAUACCUCAAAAGAUACUGAAAAUGUUCUAUACAAGGUAAUAGAAGAUAUUAGGAUUAUGGAAGAUGAAGAUUUGUUGAAAGACUUUGAAAUUGUGGACAAUGUGGCUGUGCAGUAG